GCAACUAAUCUAUGUUCAUUCAAUUUGACAUCUCUCACUCAACAAUAUUGUCCAUCAAAUGUCACAUUAACAUCAAUUAAUUUUUAUACAAUAACAUCAUUAUGCAAUGUUUCUAAAUCAAAUUUCACUUUUAUUCACUAUGAUAUCAAAGUUCGCACAGAUAGACAAGUAAUUAUAUUAAUAAUCAUUGGAUGUGUUAGUCUUAUAUCUGGUUAUAUUCGAGUUAUAUUAUUAGAAACAUCAGCAGAAAGACAAACUCGAACUAUUCGACAGAUUUUAUUUCAGUCUAUUCUUAAGAAAGAUGUUGUCUUUUUUGAUACACAUAAAACUGGUGAACUUAGUGUACGUUUGACAGAUGAUAUCAAUAAAAUUCAUGAUGGAAUUGGUAAUAAAUUUGGUUCAGUUAUUGAAGUGUCAACAACUUUUACAAGUUGUAUUAUUAUUGGGUUUAUAAAAGGAUGGAAAUUAUCACUUGUCAUAUUUUCAUUCUCACCAAUCAUUGCCAUUACAGCAGUUAUUUUAUUCAGAAUUGUCACUAGAAUGACUGCAAUUGAAUUAAAAGCAUAUGGAAGAGCUGGAAUAGUUGCUGAGGAAGUAAUAAGUUCAAUUCGCACUGUACUUUCAUAUAAUGGACAAGAAAGAGAAAUACAAAGAUAUGAACAAUAUCUUGAUGAUGCAAAAAAAUGUGGCAUCAGAAAAGGUGUGACCACUGGUAUUUCAACUGGCAUAGCAUAUUUUAUUUUUUUCUGUGUAUAUGCAUUAGGAUUUUGGUAUGGAACGAAACUAGUUUGGGAAGAAAGCUACACUAUUGGAAGUGUUUUUACUAUAUUUAUAUGCAUCAGUAUUGGGUUUUUAUGUACGGCACAAGCAAGUCCUUAUUUUCAAGGAUUAUAUGAAGCUCGAGUUGCUGCCUAUGGCAUAUGGGAAGUGAUUGAUGAACCAUCAAAGAUUAACAACAUGGAUUCUGAUAAAGGUCUUAUAAAAGAUGAUCUCAUUGGUGAUAUUCAUUUUUCAAAUGUUUACUUCUCUUAUCCAUCACGACCUGAUGUUCCUAUUCUUACUAAUUUAUCAUUUAAUAUCAAAUUUGGUCAAACUGUUGCUCUUGUUGGUUCAUCUGGAUCAGGAAAAUCAACUUGUAUUCAAUUAUUACAAAGAUUCUAUGAUCCACAAUUAGGUUCAAUUCUUAUUGAUGGAAAACAAGUCAAUCAAUAUAAUCUAAAAUGGUUAAGAAAACAUAUUGGUGUUGUUAAUCAAGAGCCAGUUUUAUUUCAUACAACUAUUCGUCAAAAUAUCUUAUUUGGAUCUGAUUCAGCUACUAAUGAAGAAAUUUAUCAAGCAGCUAAAAUAGCUAAUGCACAUGAUUUCAUCAUGACACUUCCUAAUAAGUAUGAAACUCUUGUUGGUGAACGUGGAGCUGCACUUUCAGGUGGACAAAAACAAAGAAUUGCUAUUGCUCGAGCACUUCUUCGAGAUCCAAAAAUUUUACUUCUUGAUGAAGCUACUAGUUCACUUGAUAAUGAAAGUGAAAAGAUAGUUCAAAAAGCUUUAGAUCGUGUUGCUCAAGGUCGAACAACAUUAAUAAUUGCACAUCGUUUAUCAACAAUUCUCAAUGCUGAUAAAAUUAUUGUGAUGCAACAAGGAGAAAUAGUUGAAGAAGGUGAUCAUGAUUCAUUGAUGAAAGCUCAAGGCAUAUAUUUUGAUCUUGUUAAACAACAAAAUUUACGUCAACUUGAAGAAGAAGAAGAAGAAGAAGAAUUAGAAAUGGAACAAAAGGAAAUGACUCAAUUGAUACCGGGUGAUCAAACAAAUGAUGAUUCAAUGGAACAAGUACAUCAUAAAUUAAUAAUAGAUAGUGCUGCUCAAUCAGGUUAUUUUUUUGCUCAAUCUGGUGAAGCUCUCACUAAAAGACUUCGAUCAAAAGCUUUUCGAGCUAUUCUUCGUCAAGAAAUUGCCUAUUUCGACCAAGAAAACCAUAGUACAGGUGCAUUAUGUACACGUCUUGCAACUGAAGCAUCAGCUGUAAAAAGUGCAAGUGGUGUUCGCUUUGGUUUGAUUUUUCAACAUAUUUUUGGAAUGAUAGUUGGAAUUCUAAUUGGAUUUGUGUACUCGUGGCAGUUAACAUUGCUUAUGCUUGUUUUUCUUCCAUUUAUAUUAUUUGGAGGUAUUUUAGAAAUUCGAUUAACAACUUACUUUGCAAGCAAAGACAAACAAAUUCCUGAGAAUGCUGGAAAGGUUGCUAUAGAAACUAUACAAAAUAUUCGAACAGUGAUUCAAUUGACAAAAGAAACUCAUUUUUAUGAUGAAUAUUCUCAAAUACUUGAUACUCUUCAUCGAUCAUCAAUUAAGCGUGUUCAUAUUUUAGCUAUUUUAUUCUCCGUAGCAAAUGCUGCUAUUUACUUUGCCACAGCAGCUUUCACUUCUUAUAGUACCUUUUUGUUUGAGCAACGUGCAGUUCCUUUUGAAAAUGGGUUUAUGGUUCUUAAUACUGUUGUUUUCGCCGCUCGAACUAUUGCCCAAGAGUUAGCAUUAUUUCCAGACUAUGGAAAAGCAAUCCAAGCUGCUGAAAACAUUUUCAAAUUAUUAAAUCGAAAACCAACAAUCGAUAAUCAAUCAAAAGAUGGUAUUGAAAUGACUGACUUUACUGGACAACUUGACUUUGAAGAUGUUUAUUUUUAUUAUCCCAAUAGACCUCAAUCAACUAUUCUUAGAAAUUUCAAACUCAAUAUCAAACCUGGUCAAAACAUAGCACUUGUUGGUACAUCUGGUUGUGGAAAAUCAACAACUAUUCAAUUAAUCGAACGUUUUUAUGAUGUAAAUAUGGGUCGUCUUUUGAUUGAUUCAAAAGAUAUUCGAACUCUUAAUCUUCAAUGGUAUCGAUCACAAAUUGGUAUUGUUUCUCAAGAACCAGUUCUCUUUGAUAUGUCAAUUCGUGAAAAUAUUGCAUAUGGUGAUAAUAGUCGAAAAGAUAUUCCAUUAGAUGAAAUUAUUCAAGUAGCAAAAAAUGCAAAUAUUCAUGAUUUUAUUAAAGUUCUUCCAGAUGGAUAUGAAACAAAUUGUGGUGCAAAAGGAACUCAAUUAUCAGGUGGACAAAAACAAAGAAUUGCAAUAGCUCGAGCAUUACUUCGAAAUCCAAAGAUUUUAUUACUUGAUGAAGCAACAAGUGCAUUAGAUAGUGAAAAUGAAAAGAUAGUUCAAGAUGCAUUAAAUCGUGCUCAACAAAAUCGAACAUCAAUAACAAUUGCACAUCGUUUAUCAACAAUUCAAAAUGCAGAUAUGAUUUUUGUUUUUCAUAAUGGAACAAUUGUAGAAAGUGGAAAUCAUGAAGAAUUACUUGCUCUUGGAGGUCGAUAUUAUCGAUUAGCAACAAUAAAUAAAUAA